UGUUAGCUGCUGUUCACUGUUGUUAAUCAAGCUUUCUUUGAAGUGGGUGUAACUUUGUUGGGCUUUGACGCUGAGUGAAUAAAGCCUAAUAUUAUGUGAGAAUGUAAUCAAACUAUUUAUCAAAGUGAAAGUGAUUUUUAGAACACUUCAGCCUAACAUCUGCUGGUAUAAUAAUAGCUUACACCAUGCUGCUGUUGUGUUUGCUGUCCAUCUCUUGUUCCUUUGCAAUGAGAGGGUUGCAUGUCUAAUCUGCUGACGAUAAGUAAUUGUGACAAUAUCAAGAAAAAAUAAGUAUGUUUAUGCAUGUUUCAUGUGUUAGACUCCUGACUUCAGCUCAGGAGACGAGGCAUGAAGUGAGGAUGAAGAGGAGCAUUUUAUUAAGAUUCUGUUCAGGUUUUCACUUCUUCUUCUUCUUCUUCUUUCAGACUUCUUGUUGUCUGUACUCUAGCCAUAUACAAAAAGAAAAUAAAACAAAACAACUGAACUGCAUCAAUCAAUAGUGCAAAAUAUGAAAGUAGGCUAAACUACUGGAGUAAAAGAUGGCUAUAGCCACUGUGACUUCACCUGAUGGAUGAAAUGUGUUUGAAACAGGAUGUGGAAUGCAUCUGAGUAAGCAGCUGAGGAAAGAACAGGCUAACCUAACAAUCAGUUACAAGUCAUUAGCCACUGAGCAGACCCUUAAUAACCUUGCUCAUAGAACGACCUUAUCUUACAAAACUGACUUAAUGUUCUGUUCAAUAAGACAUGAAGCUGAUAUGUAGUUUGGGUGUCAUUCUCAAUAUUUUGUUCACAACACUGUGACGUACCGUAGUGAAAACUUUUUGAUGUUUAAUUAUGGACUGAGAAAUACUAAAAAAACUGUUUAGUAACUUUAGUCACAUGAAAUCUUAAACAGUUUGACAUGUUUCACUAUCAGGCAACAGAAAAAGGUGUUACUGACAAAGAGACAUUUCCUGCUUUGUGCACACUGUGAGCAAGAGGUAUGAAUGUGGUUGUGGUUUGUUUCACCAUGAGCUCACCUUUUGUUAAACAAAGAAAAAUGACAUUAUUCUUGUUUCAUGCGAAAUGUUUUCACAGGUUUCUGAGUGGCUUUGCAAAUAUAAAUACAAUGAAAUGUUCUAUUUGUGGGUUCCACCACACUGGAGGUUUUUAUGCACAUUAAUUAAAUGAAAGUUUGGGUUUGUGGUUCUUUGCAUGCAGCCACUUCCUCAAAGCUUCUUCCUGUCUGAAAGCAGAGAGAAGGCUGGACAAGAAACACUGAGAGCAGCAUCAGUACAGAACAGCUCGAUAUCUACCAGGGUCAGUACUGCAGGACUGUUAGAGGACAGUUUAAACUCCUGCUCAGCGUCUCAGUCCUCUCAAGAUGUCCUCAGAUAUUUAUGCUGAACCAGAUCUAUCAACGAAGGUGAGAUACAGCAGAAAGGAGGACAGAGCAGAGUGGGAGCAGAGGGAGGUGAAUAUCUACGAGAGUACAGAUGAGAUCAGAGAUAGUUAUGUUCAUUUUAAAUCAGAGGAAGGAGGACCACAGACUCAGAGUCCUCCUUCAGUCCAGAAGGGCUCUUUCAGAUGUGCUACACUGGCUCUAAGAGUGCUGUGCCUCCUGAUGUUAGCUGGGAUCAUCAUCCUGUCCAUAUGCUAUGCUUUGAACAAGAGUCAACUCCAGGAUGAACUUCAAGACACAAAAACCAACCUGACUCAGUUACAGAGCAGUUAUGAUAAACUGAGUAAAAACCACAGUCAGCUACAGGAAGAAGUGAAGAAGCUGAAGGAGAAGAUAGAAGAGAAGUGUCCUGAUCGAUGGACGAGAUUUGGAAGCAGCUGUUACUUUAAAUCCACUGAGAGGAAAACUUGGUCUGACAGCAGGAGAGACUGUCAGGAUAAAGGAGCUGAUCUGGUGAUGAUAAACAGCAAAGAGGAACAGGAAUUUAUCAAUGAACUGAACAUGAGAGGAGAGUCCUGGAUUGGUCUGGAAGCCAAAUGGAAAUCAGGAGGAUCUAAAUGGGAAUGGGUGGACGGAUCAGCGCUGACACAAACGUUCUGGGCAGAAGGACAUGAGAUUCCCAGUUAUGGUUACUAUGGAGUCUGCUGUGACAGUGAUGGGAAAUGGACAGGGUCAUUUGGAUAUAAUUUUGGUGAUCGUGUUUCAAAGACCUUCAUCUGUGAGAAAUGAGUUUGGUGCUUUAAUGUAAAUGUUUGAAUAAUCCAACCAAAGACACCUCACUAUGAAAUGUCCUGCAUGAGCCUCAGACUCAGCUCACAGUUGUUACUUGUUCAUUCUGCAUCAUAUAUUGAUUACAUAUAUUGUCCCUCUGUGCUCUGUGCUGUACAGUAAGGUUGGAAGUCAUCCACACAAAAACUUGAAGUACUUCAUUACUCUGUAGUUCCAGCAAAUUGUUCUAAUAAAAGUCAAAGUGCAGCUUGUCUUUACUUUGGUUUACUUGGUUUCUUCAUCAGUCUGUUGGUCCUAAAACUUCAGUAAAUGUCUUCUUGAGUUUCUCUCAAACGGCUGAAAGUAGCUGCUUCUUACUUUUAGCUACAAAUCAGGAACCAAGAGACUGAAACCAGCACAAAUUCAGUUUGUCAAACUUACAACGUGUGAAUAAGUGAAGAUGAAUCUGUUUAAAACAACUUUCCUUCUUCUUCUUCACUUACAUCCAAACACAACUUUACCUUCCUGCUUAGUUUGCAGCGAGCUGCCUGCACAGCGUUAACACACUGAAGGUCAAAGUUCAUGUCAGCAUGACAGAAAGAAAAAGUGCAGAAACAACAACCCUCACAGUGGACACGGUUACAGUCUGAUGACUCUGAACAUGACUCGGGUCUUUUUGUAAUGUGGGCCUUAGUCGUCUGUCAUGAAUCAGACAGUUUCAGAGCCAGUUUCCAUGUGACACACUUCCUGCUUUGGACCCUUUACCUGCAGCCUGUAUGUGUCCACAUGUGAUUGGUGCAAAGCUGACCUUUAACUAAUGACCACAGACCCUGGUUGUGUUUCACUUCAGAUGAUUUUCAGCAUUUCAUUGAAUUCUAACUGCAUCAAAGACAUUUCAGCGUUUCAAUUCAUCAAACUGACUUCAGAUCUUGUUGCAUGCUGUUAGUUUCUCUGCUGGUAAACUCGAAAUAACUGAAGAGUUCACACUGACGCCAUAUUUCCUGCAUCAGAAACAUUCCUCUUUGCUCAUUACUAACAAUAGAUAUUGUGUGAUGACAGCAGCUUCUGAGAAAGCUGUUUUUAUGUUGCUGCUGCUGAGUUAAAGCUGAGUGUCUGUGCUUUAUGACAAACAUUUCAAAUACAGCACAUUUGUGGCUUUGCUUGUAUUGCUGUACAAGUAUCUAUGUAUUAAUGCAUGUAAUGGAAAAGUUUUCCAAAUUAAAUGUAGAAAAGUAUUUAA